AUGGCAAUUCUUCGCACCCGCACGUUCCUCGUCUGCUUGCCGCUGAAGGCGGGCGUAUGGGUCCUGGCGUUGAUUGGUGCAAUGUGCGGGGGCGGCGGCGCCGCGGGCAGCUGGAUCGAGGUCACCAUGCUGAGCAGUGGUAUUCUCGCUCUUGGGUAUCUUGUCGAUCUUCGGAGCGUCACCGCUGCGCUGAUCUACAGUCGGCUGCUCGUCAUCCACUUGAUCUUCACCAUCCUUUCCCUCAUCUUCACGCUGUACUCUACAUUCCGUCCUCAAGACCAAGGUGACGUGAAGUCAUGUAUCAACGGCUCGGUGGAUGAGUUCCCCAUCGAGUUUUGUCAGAAAGGAUGGUCGACGGUCACAGUCCUACCUCUGGCGCUAUUUGCGGCGGUCCUCUUUAAUCAACUCUCUAUGUGCAGACGCCAUAGUGAUUGCAAGGAGCUAUUCUGA